AUGAUGAUGCUGCUGCUUCUCUACAGUCAAUUUGAUAUCACCUUAUUCAUUUUCUUUGGCUGGUAUGAAUGCCGCUUUGUGUGCAAAAUGCCUGAGUCGCCUGGUUCUGGUGAACCCGAUUUAACUGCUGGCUCCGAUCCAGGUUUUGGCGAGGUUGUUUCUAGUGUCAAAGAACAUGGCAGUAGAAAGAGUCAUGGCGAUUCCACUGGAACUGAGAAAAGUAAUGGCACUACUAAUGUUGAUGGUAUUUCUUCCGGCUCUAGAACUGGUGAGCCAAUAUCUAUGACGAAGACUUCCAAUGCAUCUACUAUAUCCAUGGUAUCUACUACCUCAGGUUACAAAUGUGGCAUAUGUGAGAGUGCCCCCGGAGAUGUUGGACCCAGGGGCAAAAAGGUUUUUUUUUGCGGAUCUUGUGCCUCAUAUUCGACAUUGGGCCAUCGAAUCAGUGUAAUAAAUGUGCUGACCGAAGUCGCCACUCUGAGAAGUGAUAUCAAUGAGGUUAUAAAUAACGGUCUCUGGUACGACAAAAUUGAUUAUAAACCGAUGUAUCCACCAAUUUGGAAAGAAGACGAGGGACCAGAAAAAGAAGUUGAUAAAGAUAGACACGAAAUUGAGAAAAGUAGUGGAAUCUCUGCUAGAUCGGGCACUAAACUUACAAAUCACAAUUGGACGAACUUACUGGUAGCUCGACUACGUGACCGACAAUCUCACCUACAAAAGGUUAAUGAGGUUAUCUGGACUACAAAAGAAUCUAUUGAAGUAUUAAAUUCACGAAUAAGUCAACUUAAAGCCCUAAACGAAGAACGAAAAAACCGCAUUACAACGGCUAGACAGCAGUCAACUGAACUGUAUAAUAAGCAGAAGGAUUGCAUUAACGAGCAUAUUUCGGACAGAACUGAAAGCUCAAGAAAUUUAGUUGCAUCUAUGGAUACUCUAAAGACUAAACUACUUCGUGAUGUCUGUUCGUUGUUUGUAAUUCGAAAGGUUCGCAGGAGACGCGACAGGUUACUGAAAUCUGUACGUGAUAAAAAGAAUGAGAAAAAGUCAAACAGACCAAGUCUUAAAACCGAUCGCAGUCAUUCAACUGGAAAAUUCCCAGAGCGGAUCGGUGUAGACCACUUGGAGAGCGAGGUGAUACGAACCGAACCAGCAGAUCAAAAAGAUGAGUUUCAGGCUCGUAGUCCUCCAUUCGCUUUUUCAAGGCAAUAUGAUCUUGUACUUGGUUUUAACAUUGUGCCAGAUCUUUCAAUUCUAGCUCAUUAUUCGCAUGUGACAGUGAAUUCUGCCUUGGAAAGGUUAGCGUCACUAUGUCACCUUUUAGCAUACUACCUGGAUAUUCGUUUACCCUAUGAAAUAACUCAAACUCAUACCGGAUAUUAUAGAAUCUCGCGUCCUGGCAAAGAGAAACUUCGGCUUGACAUCACACAACCAAUACUAUCAUUUGCCAAGGAUAAGCAUCUUGAGUUCGAAGCCUAUGCAGAAGCACUGGCUAUGCUUGCAAUAAAUACUGCUGCGAUUUUGUAUAGCAGGGGUGUACAUAUUAGCCUUGUAGAAGACAUUGUCCAGGUUAACCGAACUGUGGCACUUAUCGCAGGUAUUCGUUUGGAAUCUUCUUCUGAACGAGUACACACACUACCCUCUUCAACAUCACCCCAGAAUCCUGCCGAAGGGGUUCCCUCAUCUCAACAAGCUGUCACAACUCAACCAGAGUCGUUCCAGCAUAGAGCGCCGCAACCACAGAACCGGAAUAGUACAACAGAGUCAUUCAUGCCAGACCUCUUUUCAGUGAAAGACUACAUUGUGUCUCAAAUGUAUCUAGAUAUCAGCGGUGGAUCUGCCGAGUGGAAUCUGAUAGAGAAAGAUGCGAUUCUGGAUUCUGUAGUUGAUCUCUCUGCGGAUCAAGGUGGUGACAAUGUCUCAAAUGCACCAACUCCGAAUCCAAUUGAGAUAGUACCGUCGACUGGUUCAGCUCGAGUAUCUCCACUCAACGCUCCAACUCUUUCACACGGAUUGUGA